CCAACUGUCUCUAACGAAUAGCAGAAAACUGGUUGGUUGGGAAUUGGAUACAGAAAAUCUCUACUCCAAAAAAUGGCGACUCUUUCAUUUUCGUGUUCAUCUCCUUCUUUGAAUUACCAGCCUCAAACCUUCCUUUCUCAUCCCUCUCACUUGCCAUAUGCUCUCUCCUACUCUUGCAAUCUUCUCGAAGGUCCCAAGAAAAACGGCAACCCAUAUAUCUCUAGCUGCAACAACCCUGUGCCUCGUACAAAAAAAGGUGUGCAAGUUAAAGGAGAAUGUGUAACCAAGAGAAGAGAACUCCUGCUACAUGCAGGCUCUGUUGCAUUUUCUCUGUCCGCUUUUAGCUCGAUCGCAUUGGCAGAGAACGAUGUCGCUGAGGAUUUUCGUGUUUAUUCAGAUGAUGUCAACAAGUUUAAGAUAAUGAUACCUCGUGAUUGGCAAAUAGGCGCAGGAGAAGGUGAUGGAGUGAGGUCGCUCAUAGCUUUCUAUCCUCAAGAAGCUUCUAACACAAAUGUUAGCAUUGUAAUCACAAGCCUUGGUGCUGAUUUCACCAAAUUGGAAUCUUUUGGGAAAGUUGAUGCUUUUGCCGAGAAUCUGGUUAGUGGAUUAGACAGAAGCUGGCAAAGGCCGGCAGGAGUGAAAGCAAAACUCAUAGAUAGCAAAGCUUCUAAAGGGUUGUAUUACAUCGAGUACACUCUCCAAAAUCCCGGUGAAAGUCUCAGACAUCUAUUUUCAGUGCUUGGGAUAGCAGACAACGGGGUUUACAAUAGGCUGUAUACUCUCACUGGACAGUUUGUAGACGAGGAGGCAGAGAAAUACGGUGCCCAAGUAGAGAAGGCUGUUUCUUCCUUCAGAUUAAUAUGAUGACAUAAUAGGGAGCAAUAUCACAAAUUUUGGCUUGAGCUUCUGGUUUGCUAGCCUGUGAAUGGCACAGUGGAUAAGAACAUAAUGUGGGUAAGCUAUAUUGUGAUGAACCAACUACUUGAUCAAGUUUUUUGACAAAAAACUACUUAUUAGAGCUGGCAUUUACAUAUAUCAAUAUAUACCAAAACUGUAUGACAAAUAUGACCAUGGUUCAGAUGUAAUAUGACCAAAUUUUGGACACUGCAAACAUUUGUGUCAAGGGGAUGUCGUGCUUAUACAUUUAUAGUUUUCUUCA